AUGGCAGAGAUUAGUUACUACGAUGCAGACUUAAGCGAUGCAAUCACCAAGUUAAACGACCUCAUGGGCAAAGUAGCUAAGGCACCGCCUGGUGUUCGACCUGAGAUGCUGGCGAUGGCUGAAGUAAAGCUGAAGGAAAUGAUUGAGCUCAAAAAAGGAUUUCAAUUGGCACUUCGCCAAGCUCCACGAGAUCAAAUUGCUACCUUUCGUGAGAAAUUUGAAGAGCAUUGUGCUCGUGUGGAAGAGCUUUCGGGUGAAUUUCGAUGGGCAAAGGCUGAACAAGAGCGCAACGGUCUGUUUGGUGAUCGAGCGGCUGCCAAUGUAGCUGGGGCGCGAGUUACUAAUGGAAUGGGUAAUAAAGAUCUACUUGAUAAGACUGUUGACAUUCAAACAAAGACGGAACAAAGUCUCAUGAGCACGGCAAAGAUGGUGGAGCAGUCAAAAGAGGUUGCAGCGGCCACUGCUGAAGCGCUGCGUAGUCAACGCGAGCACAUUGUCGAGAUCACAGAUGCCGUGAUGGGUAUCGAGGAUAGUUUGCAGAGAGCUGACAAGCUUAUUCGAUCUUUUGCACGACGUAUGGCCACCGAUCGAGUAAUUCUGUUGUUUACAUUCCUGGUGAUUGUCGGGAUUGCUGGUAUUGUUGGCUACAAAGCUGUUAAUCCAAAGGAUACAACGUUUUACGUGCCAGAUGAAGUGACUCCUCCAGAUCCGACUGUACUUUAUAACACCACAGUAGCUGCCAUCAAUACAACACUAAACUCGUGA